AAUCUCCGUAGACAAAAUGACCGUCGACUUCAACGACUACUUCUGGGGCGAGAAAAACAAUGGCUACGAGGUGCUGUACCAGAACAUGAAGUAUGGCCUGUCGGCGACGAAAGAGCUGGCGGAAUAUUUCCGCGAACGCUCGAAUCUCGAGGAGUACAACUCGAAGCUGCUGACGAAGCUUGCAAACAAGGCGGGCUCGAGCGGCGGCGGCACAUUCUCGCCGCUCUGGAUCAUCCUCAAGUCCACGACCGAGCGGCUAUCGGAGCUGCACGCCCAGAAGGUGCAGAAGCUGACGGAGCUGGUGAAGAACGUUACCAAGUACGCGGAAGAUCUGCACAAGAAGCACAAAUCGGUCAAGGAAGAGGAAUCGGGCACGCAGGAUGCGGUGCAGGCAAUGAAGGAAUCGACAACGGCCGUAUCGAAGGCAAAGGACAUCCACAAUGCCCGGCUGCAGGAGGUGGAGAAGGCGCGCAAGGACAAUUCGACCAAGGAGAUUGAAAAGUCGGAAGCGAAGCUACGGAAGCACCAGGACGACUAUAAGGCGCUGGUGGAGAAACACAACAUAAUCAAGCAGGAGUUUGAGAAGAAAAUGACAAUAACGUGUAGGCGUUUUCAAGAGAUGGAAGAAGCUCACCUGAAGCAAAUGAAAGAGUUCCUCUCGUCGUACAUGGACAUUGUGCAGAACAACUUCGAUCUGGUUGGGCAGGUCCAUUCUGAUUUGAAGCGUCAAUUUUUAGAGUUAACCGUGGACAAGCUACUGGAGCAGUUCGUGCUCAACAAGUACACCGGUUUGGAGAAGCCAGAGCUUAUUGAGCUUGAUUUUGAAAGUGGCACCGGCAAUGCUUCCGGUGCGGGGGGCAGUAAUAGCCACCAGCUGCUAGUAAACACAUCGUCCGGCGGACCGGGUGGUAGUAGCAUUUCGCCCGCUCCAUCCUCACUGGCCGGCGGUUUGCUCGAAUCACCGACCCUGUCGGCUACCAGCUCCUCACAACCGAUCAACAUUGGCACAUCGUCGACGAGCGGCAAGAAGGAAAGCAGCCAUCUCCGAUCGUGGUUUAGCUCGAGCUCGACCGCAGCCGUCCCAACAAACUCACCGGUGAAUCUGUCCACCUCACCCACAUCUGCCUCGGUCGGUGGCGGACUACGAUACGAUGGACACGGUGCAAUGGAUCUUCCCACCCAGCAGCAGCAGCAGUCGUCGUUACGCGCCAUGUCACCGGUGCCAUCGGUGUUGAACGAAAGUGGCGCUUCCGGAACCGCACAAAGUACGGGCACAAAACACACAAGUAAACCAUUCUACGGCGAUCUGUUUUCCUUCAAGCAUCAUCAUAGUACCAAUCCCUCCACUAAUCACAAUCAGCCACCAUACCACCCGCCCAACCUAGCCACUAACGGUCACAACAAUGGUGGCAGCGGCAAACAACAACAACAAUCGCCGCUAAUGAAACAGCUGGAACAGCAACAAGUGCAAGAAUCUUUACAGCAUCCACAGCAAGAUCAGCAGCAACAGCCGGUGUCGCCACAGCAGCCACCGCCACCACCACAACAACAACAACAACAAAAAUCUUCCCGCCGCACUACUUCCCUUCUCAAUCUCUUCAUGUCUAACUCCCAGGGAAGCCGCGAUAGUCGCGACAGUCGGGAGUCGACCACGAGCGGCAGUGUUGGCGGGCGCCGUAACAUCCUCGGUGGGGGCGGUAAUGCGGCCUCGGACGCUCGGAACUCGUCGGUAUCGUCGACCGGUGCUACCGUGUCCGCUCCGACCAGUCCGAAUGAACCGGAUACGGGCAGUAGCGGUGGCAACGGUGGUGGAGAUCAACAGCAGCAGCAGCAGCAACCGGCAGGCAAUUCCUUUAUCGGACGGAAUCCCUUGUUGCGGGGCUCGAAAUCAGUCUCCGGGUUCCUGCGCAGCCGGCGAGAGAAGGCCAAAUCGAAGAAAGCCAAAAAGAAGAAAGAUUCCACGGAAAAUUCCAGUGCCAAAGAGGAAAAUAUUUUGGACGGGGACAGCAAGGGUGAAUCAGCGAAUACGGACAGUGCCACCAAUCUGCAAACGACGUCCGCGAUCAGUGCAUCGAAUGUAGCACCAACGGCGACGCCCGAAGUUGAUGAGGACGGUUACAGUAUACAGCCGCGCGAAACCACCUGGGACAGUGCGACGAUCACGGAAAAGAGCAAUAAUUUCUACUCAAGCUCCGACAGUGAUAGUGAAGAUGAACGAGAGGAAAAGAAAAUUCACGUCGAGAUUAAACCGCUAAACAAUGGUGCGGCACCCAUUUCCGCGAGUGUGGACGAACUACGGGCAACAGUGGAAAAUCUGUCAUUAUCUCCUAUCGGUAUUUUAACAUCGCAACAGCAACAGCAGCACCAUCAACAGCACCAACUGCAUCAGCAGCACCAACAGCAGCAGCAGCAGCAACAACAACAAUCCACACAGGCACAUGCGUUGCACCAUCAGAUGUCGGUCGGUAAUGCGUCGCUUUUGAAUAAUAGCAAUACCACGCACCUCACUAGUCCGAAUGCAUCGAAUGCGUCCACACCGACGACGGUGCAUCCGUACGCGCCACUCCAAAGUCCUACCCUGUCGAUGUCCACUAGCUCGAACAAUCGAUACGCUGAUCUGGGGGAUAUCUUCUCGGAGGUCGGAGACAUAAGCAUCUCCGCACCAGCUUCGGCGAACCUAACGAAGCUUACACAACGACAGAUACCCACACCGACAUCCGCCGGUGGUAGCAGUAUCGCUAUACCGAGACCACCAUCUAGAAGAUCGGAGGCGGCUGGUAAGACAUAGACCCCGGGUGUACUAGGGUUUAACGUUUAAUGUGCUUUCAUCUUGUUUAUUUCCUUAGUCGCCCGGGAUCGAGUAAGUCCUGCGUCGCAGAUCGCACGUGCCGACAGUGUGGGUAGUUUGGAGUUCCGAAGCCCGAGCGUUGGUAUCGGAUCAUCCCGUGGGCCGUCCCCGUUGACGAUCGGCAUGUCGGACACGAUUCCACUGGCCGUUGCAUUCCACGAAAUUAUUCACGCCUACUUCAAAGGAGCGGACGAGUCUCGGUGUCAGGUGAAAAUGUCGGGCGACAUGAUGAUAUCGUUCCCCGCCGGUAUUGUGAACGUCCUGACAAACAAUCCAAACCCGGCCAAGCUUGGCUUCCGCAUCAAGAAUCUCCAGCAUCUCGAUAACGUGCUGCCCAACAAGCAACUCAUCACGAUCGAUCGUCUACAGUCGACCAGCUUCAGCACGACUCUCGAGUUCAACAUGCCAGUAUUAACGGCGACCUUAAGGCGUCAGUCCGAGCAAAAUCCGAACGCGCCCCACAUCAACGUCGACAUCCUGAAGUACCAGAUCAAGGCAAAGCCGGGCGCGGCCUCCUGUCCGUUCCAGCUCGUAUCCUACUGGAAGUGUGAGCAACGGCACACGGACAUCAAGAUCGACUAUAAGUAUAAUUGCCACGCGAUGGCACUGCCGUCCCCGUUGCUGAACGUGUCCAUCUCGGUACCGGUCGAUGGUGGAGUGAAGAACGUUCAAUCAAAACCACAUUCCGCAUGGCAAGGUGAAUCGAAUCGAUUAGUGUGGAACUUUACCGAUAUAUCGCAACACUCCGAGAGUGGUGGUGUCGAUACGCUCCGGGCACGGCUCGAAGUUGGUUCGGGCCCGUCCACGCCGGCCAUCAUUUCGACGCAGUUCAACUGCGAAGGGACAACACUGUCGGGGAUUGAGUUCGAGCUGGCCGGCUCCGGCUAUCGACUGUCGCUUGUCAAGCGACGCUUCGUAUCAGGAAAGUAUAUCUGCGAAGGGGACGGCAUACGCACGGUAAAAACACCAACACCACCAAAUGUUUCGGGCGUCAUGUCACCGAUACCGUUCGGCAGCGGUAGCAAAUCGGCCAACUCGUCAUCCGGUGGCACCACUGGAUAGUAUCGGUUUUUCUUCUACUAGUAAACCCG